AUGGAAAAACAUGAGGCAAAAGUCUCCGUGCGCGAUGGCAGAACCUUCCAUUACAAUUCCCAUUUCUGGAGCGACAGAAAUGUCUAUCACCUUGGUGGAGGCAGGACUGGCUUUGAUUUACAAGAGACUAAGUUACCGACUUACUGGAACACACCCUUCUCCAAGAUUUGCCUCGGUAUGAAGAUUGGUCAUCAGCUCCGGUUCAUUGUCAUCAACAGGCACGCCAACUCACUCUACUCACUGAUCGCUGAUGGGAAAUACCGUGCUACGGCACUUGGUCGUAACACGUGGAAGACGCUGAUUGGCUUACAGGCCUCAUUCCAGCCCAACUGUAACAAAGGAUUCAAUGCUGUAGGUGACAACCAUCUUCACUCCAAAGCAAGAAUCGGCAUCACAGCAAACCAGCAGAAUGACUGCUCAUCGUGCGACUCCAGAAUCGGCCUCGGUACUGGAGGGCUGUUUGAUGACUCCAACACCUGUGGCAAUCAAGCAUCACACUGGCGAGACAAUGGAAACAAGCAUAUCAAGGUCAUGGGGUACAUCCUGGUGCAGUGACAAGGGACACAGUUGACUUUCUAAAUUUCAAGCCGAGAAGCCAUCAUCAAGUAGCAAAAAUGUAGUAUUCUAAAGCCUAGAAGCUAGUAAAACAAUGGGUUUAAAAUUCUCUUCUCCUCUGAUCCGAUUUAUCUCAAUUAUAGAUUUUUUUGUAGUGAGUCUAAGACGUGUUAAUUGUGCAAAGCUAAUUCAAGUUUUAAGAAUGAGGUAAAUAUUGGCUACGAAAAUGUAUUCGGUGUUCAUUAUUGGUCCACAUGGGAGCUGUAGGCUAAGGAAAGUCACGAUCCGAUCACACACCUAAAGGUGAUACACAAACAUGGCGAAUUUUGAUUUUUUUUGGAGCCCACAGAUAUUAAUUAUUAAUACGAAAAAAAUAAUUGGCUCAGAUACGAGAACUAACGUAACCCAAAAAGUAGUACUGCGUAAAAUAUUGCCUACUUUUCUCGCUCUCAUUAGAAUCAACUACUUUUUUGUACCAUUUGCUUAA